AUGGGAAACAGCCUUUUUGCAAACUGCUGCAGGCAAGUCACAGACCUCCUCUUCCAGCCACGCAGCUCCGGCUCACCCGAUGAGAGGUCACCCCUCUUGCCAAAGCCUCCCACAAGCUGCACUGUCUUCCCGGAGAUGCCAGAAGCUGCCCAGUGUGCUGGGCUGUAUCCAGACAUCAUCCCCAGUGAGGCGGUGACGAGAAGCCUGCAGAAGGGCACUGAAUACAUCCAAGACCUAUCUGAGACCAAGGACAAAGAAGGAACGGUGACAGUUUGUGAUAAGAGCGGAUUGAGACCUGGCGUUGGCACGGUUGGCCUGCUCCGGCAGACAGAGGCAUCCCAUGCAGGGACUGUCCUUCCAGCCGACCUUGGGGACAGGCCGGCAGGGCUGGUUGAUCAUGCUCAGUCACUUGAGGCCUGCCAGAGCUGUGUGAAACUUGAGGACAGCGGCUUAGCCCACAGAUCCUGCCGCCUGGAGGAGCACGUGGCAGCAGCUGGCGUUGGUGCGGGCCCUGGAGCACAUUCUGCCGGCCAGGGCGAGGGGCGAGCGGCCGUGCGCCUGCACACAGCCUCAGUGGCUCCAGACAGUGUGCUGAAGCACAGAGGUCCUGCUCCCUGCCCUGCAACACCAUCCUCUGCUCUGCCAUCAAGUGUGGGGAAAGCCCAGCCAGCUCAAAGUGCAGUUGUGCUGCCUGUUUCCUCUGGUGAGGUGUCACCUAAGGCUCAGGACAUAAGUGCUGGUUUUGUGACAGAGCCUACUGCCUGCCCCAGCAUGAGGUCAAGCUGCGAUCCUGAUUCCCAGGCACGGAUUCUGCCCUCAAAGCAGCAGCAGCAGCAGAAGAAGAAGAGGAAGAAGAAGAAGCUCCCUCUCCCAGAGCACCCGUCUGGCAUGGCACUGAUGAAUGGCAGCGGCCCACAUGACAGCCUCAAGGGUGAGAAGGAUGCCAAGCAGAAUGGCCAUGAGGAGGCUGACCCAGGAGAAGAUGGGAACGACCAGGAGGUCAUCGUCAUACAGGAUACGGGAUUUACUGUCAAGAUCUGUGCACCAGGGAUAGAGCCCUUUUCCCUGCAGGUUUCUCCUCAAGAGAUGGUACAAGAAAUCCAUCAAGUUUUGAUGGACCGGGAGGAUACCUGCCAUCGGACCUGCUUCUCCUUGCAGCUGGAUGGCAACGUCCUGGAUAACUUCGCUGAGCUGAAGACAAUUGAAGGACUGCAGGAGGGCUCACUGCUGAAAGUGGUGGAAGAGCCAUACACAGUGCGAGAAGCCAGGAUACACGUGCGCCACAUUCGGGAUCUUCUGAAGAGUCUUGACCCAUCAGAUGCUUUCAAUGGUGUGGACUGUAACUCAUUGUCCUUCCUGAGUGUCUUCACUGAAGGAGACCUGGGAGACAGUGGAAAACGGAAGAAGAAAGGUACCGAAAUGGAACAAAUUGACUGCACCCCUCCUGAACAUAUCCUGCCAGGUAGCAAAGAGAGGCCCCUGUGUGCCCUUCAGCCCCAGAACAGAGACUGGAAGCCUUUGCAGUGCCUAAAGGUAUUGACGAUGAGUGGCUGGAACCCCCCACCCGGUAACCGGAAGAUGCACGGGGACCUCAUGUAUUUGUACGUCAUCACGGUGGAGGAUCGGCACGUCAGUAUCACUGCCUCCACCCGGGGAUUUUACUUGAAUCAGUCUACUGCAUACAACUUCAAUCCCAAACCUGCAAACCCCAGUUUUCUCAGUCAUUCCUUGGUGGAACUACUUAACCAGAUCAGCCCUACCUUCAAAAAAAACUUCUCUGCUCUUCAGAAGAAACGGGUUCAGAGACACCCCUUUGAGAGGAUAGCCACUCCUUUCCAAGUGUACAGCUGGACAGCUCCACAAGCAGAGCACGCCAUGGACUGUGUCCGGGCAGAGGACGCCUAUACUUCUAGACUGGGCUAUGAGGAGCACAUACCUGGACAGACCAGAGACUGGAAUGAGGAGCUGCAGACUACACGAGAGCUGCCACGCAAGAACCUGCCUGAGAGGCUGCUGAGAGAACGAGCCAUUUUCAAGGUUCACAGUGACUUCACUGCAGCAGCAACACGAGGUGCUAUGGCUGUCAUCGAUGGCAAUGUCAUGGCCAUCAACCCCAGCGAGGAGACCAAGAUGCAGAUGUUCAUCUGGAACAACAUUUUCUUCAGCCUGGGCUUUGACGUCCGUGACCACUACAAGGACUUCGGUGGAGACGUUGCUGCUUAUGUAGCUCCUACCAAUGAUCUCAAUGGUGUGCGGACCUACAAUGCUGUGGAUGUGGAAGGGCUGUACACACUGGGAACUGUCGUGGUGGAUUACAGAGGUUACAGAGUGACAGCUCAGUCUAUUAUUCCUGGCAUCUUGGAGCGGGAGCAGGAACAGAGUGUCAUCUAUGGGUCAAUAGACUUUGGCAAGACAGUUGUGUCGCACCCCAAGUACCUGGAGCUGCUGGAGAAGACAAGCAGGCCACUGAAGAUCCAGAAGCACAAAGUUCUCAAUGACAAGAAUGAGGAGGUGGAGCUGUGCUCCUCAGUGGAGUGCAAAGGCAUUAUUGGCAAUGAUGGGCGUCACUACAUCCUGGACCUGCUACGCACUUUCCCUCCAGAUCUAAACUUCCUGCCUGUUGAAGGGGAGGAAAUGCCAGAGGAAUGUAAGAAAAUGGGGUUCCCCAAGCAGCACAGACACAAGCUUUGCUGCCUGCGGCAAGAACUUGUUGAUGCCUUUGUAGAACACAGGUAUCUCUUAUUCAUGAAGCUGGCUGCACUGCAGCUGAUGCAGCAGAAAGCCAACAAGCAGGAGAGCUCAGUUGCGCUGGAGAACGGUGCCUCUGCAGAGAACGGUGCUGCAGACAGCGAGCGGCCUGAGUCAGAGGACGGCAAAAUAGACAAUAGCGUGACUGGGCUUGAUCAGGUGAAGGAGCUCGCCGAGACCAUCGCAUCUGACGAUGGAACAGUGGAUCCCAAAAGCAGAGAAGUGAUUCGGAAUGCUUGCAAGGCUGUAGGCUCCAUUAGUGACACAUCAUUUGAUAUUCGGUUUAACCCAGAUAUUUUCUCACCAGGUGUUCGCUUCCCAGAGUCAAGCAAAGAGGAGGUACAGGACCAGAAGCAGCUGCUGAAGGAUGCUGCUGCAUUCCUGCUGUCGUGCCAGAUCCCAGGCUUGGUCAAGGACUGCCUGGAUCACACGGUGCUCCCGAUGGAUGGAGCAACCUUGGCUGAGGCCAUGCACCAGAGGGGCAUCAACAUGCGUUACCUGGGCAAAGUGAUCAACUUCAUCACCAAGACCCCUGGCCGUGCACAGCUGGAUCACAUCUUUAAAAUUGGAAUCAGCGAAUUGAUCACUCGAUCAGCCAAACACAUCUUCAAGACAUACCUCCAGGGUGUGGAGCUGUCAGGUUUAUCCGCCGCCAUCAGCCACUUCCUCAAUUGUUUUCUGAGCUCCUUCCCAAAUCCCAUUGCCCAUCUUCCAGCUGAUGAGCUGGUCUCCAAGAAGAAGAAUAAGAAAAGGAAAAACAGGAACCUUGGAAAUGCUGAUAACACUGCGUGGGCCAGCAUGACCCCUCAGGAGCUAUGGAAGAAUAUUUGUUCAGAAGCAAAGAACUAUUUUGAUUUCAGUCUUGAAUGUGAGAAUGCUGACCAGGCAGCUGAAGUGUAUAAUCUACAGAAAAUCACCCUGCUCCGUGAAAUCUCCCUCAAAACUGGAGUCCAGAUCCUGCUGAAGGAAUACAACUUUGACAACAGGCACAAGCCCACUUUCACAGAAGAGGAUAUUCUUAACAUCUUCCCUGUAGUGAAGCAUGUGAACCCCAAAGCCUCCGAUGCUUUCCACUUCUUCCAGAGUGGGCAAGCAAAAGUUCAGCAAGGUUUCUUGAAGGAGGGCUGUGAGCUCAUCAAUGAAGCCUUAAACCUGUUCAACAAUGUGUAUGGUGCUAUGCAUGUAGAAAUCUGUGCCUGCCUGAGGCUGCUAGCUCGGCUCAACUAUAUCAUGGGAGAUUACUCAGAGGCCUUAAGCAAUCAGCAGAAAGCGGUGCUAAUGAGCGAGAGGGUCCUGGGCAUUGAACACCCCAACACCAUCCAAGAAUAUAUGCACCUGGCUCUGUACUGCUUUGCAAACAGCCAACUCUCGACAGCACUGAACCUGCUGUACCGUGCACGCUACCUCAUGCUGUUGGUAUUUGGGGAGGAUCACCCAGAAAUGGCACUCUUAGAUAACAACAUUGGCCUGGUGCUCCAUGGGGUCAUGGAGUAUGACCUGUCCCUCCGGUUCCUGGAGAACGCAUUGGCCAUCAGCUCCAAGUAUCACGGCUCCAAGUCUCUGAAGGUUGCUCUGAGCCACCACUUGGUUGCCCGAGUGUACGAGAGCAAAGCAGAAUUCCGGUCGGCUCUGCAGCAUGAGAAGGAAGGCUACACCAUCUACAAGAAUCAGCUCGGUGAACACCAUGAAAAGACCAAAGAGAGCUCCGAGUACUUGAAAUACUUGACGCAGCAAGCGGUUGCUCUGCAGCGCACAAUGAAUGAGAUCUACAAGAAUGGCUCCAAUGCCAACAUCAUGCCACUGAAGUUCACAGCUCCCAGUAUGGCCAGUGUCCUGGAGCAGCUGAAUAUUAUCAAUGGAAUUCUCUUCAUUCCACUAAGCCAAAAAGACUUGGAGAACCUUAAAGCCGAGGUGCAGCGACGCCAGCAGCUCCAGGAAAGCAUGAAAAGUGGGGAACAGCUGGAAACAGAGGACAAAGCUGUGGAGGAGAAAGAGGCUGAGCCAAGCAUGCCUUCCACUGCCAUCCCCUUAACACAGAGCUCUGCUUAAUGUGUACCUCGCUAAAAAAAAAAACAAAAAAAAAACAAAAAACAAAAACAAAAAAAAAAAAAGUUUAAACCACCCUUUUCUGAAUCUGGCCCAGGGCCUUAGCUGCCCUUGGAGCAGCUCCUCCUUUUUGACAAUGUUAUUGCACUGGUACAAUUAAUACACAAUGCAAAGAACUAAUCUGAGCAAUGUAAUCUGUCUGCCCAAGCUUGUGUCUGCCACGCGAGGGGAAGUGGCCGGAGGCAGCACAGACCCGUCCUGGCGCACGGGGCCCUCCUGCCGUGUGUGUGUGUCUGUGUCGUGUGUGUGCGCAGCAGUUAUUUCUACUUUGUACAUAUGAAUUCCAAAUGAACUGUCUGGAGGAAUGUAACAUUUCUCAGGUCAUUUUUAUGUUGACUAAGGACACUGCUUUGCUAAACCAGUAAAGAACCAGCCCCAUCACUGCUCCACGUUCUUGUAAAACGUGGAUUCCAAGCCAAAAGAUUGAUUUCCCCCCGGUCACUAUUCAAGAUUGUGCAAAGAACAGCCAUAUUUGUGUCGCUGAGAUGACUGAAGCUUGUGACAUGUGGAAGUGGGGGAUGUACAGCAUUUUCUACAUCAGGAUAUAGCCAUGGGAUUCCUUUAACCAUUUUUUUCUAUGUUUGGUUGGCAGUUUGGCAAUUCAGUGGGGUUUUGUAACAUUCACAUUCUAAUUUUCAAGGUAAAGAUAUAGAUAGAUAGAUAUAUAUAGAUAUAUAUAUAUAUAUAUAGAUAUAUAUAUAUGAUAUUCACUGUUCCACCUCUGCUCUGCUUGCAGCUGAGUAACUUGGGAUACUGUAUCCAAAGAGUGAGAGCUUGAUCUUUAAAAAAGCGCACAAACUCCCACUGCAGUGGAAACCCCAGUGCCUCGGAGAGCUGGGAAUGCUCUUAAAUGAGGGCUGAGCUAAGGGGCAUGAGGAGGGAAUCUCAGCCCUAUUUAAGGGCGGGAGAAAGGGGAGGAGAAUUUAGAAGUGGAGAUCUGGUGUCAUGUGCAACAGCAGCUGUUGACACAGAGCUGAGGGCCCUGAACCUGAAAGAAUCACAACCAGAAAGUACCAGGUUUUGGGGAAGGGGUUUAAAUAAAAACUUAAGUUCCUCCAGCACUGAAACCUCUGGCAAAUACCUUUGUCUCUGGUGUUUUUGCAUGCUGGUUUUGGGCCUGGCGCUGGGAGCUGCCAUUGCUGGCAAUGGACGGUACUGAAUGGCAAGUGUUACUAAGAAAUCCUCCUGUCCCCUCCCACACACAUCCUGUGGGGUUGUCACUGUCCUCAAGCAGGUAAGAUGUGGCUGCUGCAGGCCCUGGGAUGCCGACAGAGUUGAAUGUCCUGUUUUCCAAGCAGAUCAAGCUGUAGAAGAACGGUGGGCUGGCCACAGCCCCGCGCUGCUGGCACCCAGCUUCUCCCUCCCUCGCGUUGUCUGUCCUGAACUGUGCCCGUGCUAAUCCACGCUGCUUCUUUUACUGACCCUUGGAGCCAAGUGCUGUCCCUGUGCUCUGUACCCUCGGUUUCCUGUCUGACCCUACAGGUAUUUGUAACUCGGGGCAGGGUGGGGGGGAAGGAGGGAGCAGCCUCUGAGGUGUUGGAGGCAACAAAACAGUCUUCACUGCAAACGAACUUGCUCCUAUUAGAAAAAUUCUGCAUUUCCUGGAAAGCAAUCAAUAAAUUACUACAGUGCAUCUUUCCUACAAGAUUUUUCUUUUACUAGUGUCUUACAGUCCAUUAAAAGCUUUUUAAACUCUU